CACUCAUCAGUUCACCCAAGUUCACAUCUCAAACUAAGUUAGCUUGUCCAGAGCACAACCUAUUCUUACUCAACUCCUGAAGAUUAUUAAUCUUUACUAACCAUGUCAAGGGAGGCACUUGCCAUAGGACAUGUUAUUGGGGAUAUUGUGGACCCAUUUGUCAAAGCAGCGUCACUUAAAGUUAUAUACAACAAUAAGGAACUAACCAAUGGAUCUGAGCUCAAGCCAUCACAAGUAGCCAAUCAACCAAGGAUCGAAAUUGCUGGGCGCGACAUGAGGAGCCUUUACACUCUGGUGAUGGUGGAUCCUGACUCGCCAAGUCCAAGCAACCCAACAAAAAGAGAAUACCUCCAUUGGUUGGUGACAGACAUUCCAGAAUCAACAAAUGCCAGUUAUGUAAAUGAAGUUGUCAGUUACGAAAGCCCAAGACCAACUGCAGGAAUACAUCGCUGUGUCUUUAUACUCUUCCGCCAAUCUGUCCGGCAAACUAUAUAUGCACCUGGAUGGAGACAAAAUUUCAAUACAAGAGACUUUUCAGCAUUUUAUAGUCUUGGACCUGCUGUGGCGGCAGUGUUCUUCAAUUGCCAAAGGGAGAAUGGAUGUGGAGGCAGACGCUACAUUAGAUAAAUAUGGAAGCAUUAGUAUCCCUCCUCUACAGGCUGGAAGUUAAUUAAAUUGAGAGGAUAAGCAAGGUCCACGCGGCAAAGCAAUAGUAAAUAUUGGACCUUCUUAAUGUAUCUUAAUUUCGAAAUUACUCUGGCAUGUAUGCAAGCACUAAACAGGGUGCUUUCAGAAUGAAUAUAACUUACAGUCUCACCUUGAACAA